AUGGAUAAUGCCGAACCUUCUACAGCUCCUCCAAAUCCUCCACAACCAGUAGCUAUAUUCAAAAAGAGAUCAGCAAAAGGGAAAUCCAAUUUCCGCAAAAGAGCUGCAACGCCACCACCUGCAGACAGCGACGAUGACACAUCAGGAUAUUCUUCAUCAGAAGACGAAAGUGGCCGACGCAUAAAACGAAGAAAGAAGAAUACUGGUGCCAUAACCGCAUCAUCUACAAACAAUACCUCAUCCACUCCCUCCGACCUUUCCGCUACAAAAUAUACCGCAUCUCACAGCACUGUCAUCCGCGCUUCUGACGACGCAACUAGAGCUAGUAAUUGGUACGAUGAAAAUGCGACAGAUGCUCUCUCUGCCAAGAAUCUUCUAGGCACCUCACGCUCGAAACCCUCCACGGGAGAUAUCCCAGAUGGAACAUACAAGGGCUUAGCAAACAGCACGAAAUUCAUACAAAAGAAUCCUGACGCCCCAAAUCGCGUCGUAGGACCUGUCAAAGCACCAACGAAUAUCCGCACUAUAACCGUCACAGAUUUUGCGCCAGACGUAUGUAAAGAUUACAAAACGACUGGAUUUUGUGGAUUUGGAGAUAAUUGCAAAUAUUUACACGCGCGAGAGGACUAUAAAGCAGGCUGGCAACUCGAUAAAGAAUGGGAGAAUGUGACGAAAGGAAAGAAAACUCUAGGGGGAACAAAAAUCGCAAGCGCGGAUCGCAAAGGAGAUGAUGAAGAGGAGGAAGAUGAUGCGUUUUUGGAGAAUAUACCCUUUGCGUGCAUAUUGUGUAGGGAGAAAUACAAGGAUCCAAUUAUUACAAAGUGUGGACAUUAUUUCUGUGAGAGCUGUGCGUUGAAGAGAUAUAGGAAAGAUCCGAGUUGUGCGGCUUGUGGGGCGGGAACUAGUGGUGUUUUUAAUGUGGCCAAGGGGUUGAAGAAGAUAUUGGAUAAGAAGAGAGAGAGGGCGAAGAGAAUUAGAGAGGAAGCUAUUGCGAAUGGGGAGGAAGUCAGUUCGGAGGAGGAAGAGGAGUGA